AUGAGAUUCCUUUCUCAUCUCGUGGCCGCCCUUGCCAUCGCUCCCGCCGCCCUUGCCGUCGACUUGCGGAAGGCGGCGAUUGUCAAGUUCGAUGAUGCUGCUCCCGACGACUUCGUCAAACAGGUCAAGGAUUCCAUCCGCACCGGCGGCGGCAUCAUCACCCAUGUCUACAGCCUAAUAAAGGGCUUCGCCGUCAGCGACACUCCCGAAAAGACUUUGGAGUCGAUAAAGGCCAUGAGCAGCGGCGAGUACAAGGUCCUGGUCGAGGAAGACCUCAAGGUAGAAGUCUAG